GUCGCCUCUGUUCUUUCCGCGCGUAGCUCAUUGAGUGGGCACACCGUCUUCUGUGAUGGCGUCUUCAUUGGGUAUAAUGCAGCGUUUAUCAUCCAGAAUCAGGAGAACCUCCGUAUUCUCUUCGCUGAGAAAUCUCCUAGACGAAGCGCCGACUUCAUCUUGCUUACUUCCAAAACGCAGCUUGGCUACCUUCUCAUUGCGGUACAAGCGCCAAAAUCAGACAAGAGAAGCGAUUCCAGAUGAUUUCCUGAAAUGGGGUUCCCUUGGUUUUUGCAGGACCUCGAGUUUUGCAACUGGGUUCGCCCCUUUGCAGCUUAAGCCACUUGAGACCAUACUGGAUAUUGAGAGAGCAAAGACCAAGUCACCUGAAGAUCUGGUUUCCAUUUGGGAUGAUUAUCACUUGGGAAGAGGCCACAUUGGUCUGUCCAUGAAGGCAAAACUGUAUCGGUUGUUGCAGCAAAGAGCUGCAGAUUGCUGUUAUUUUGUCAUUCCUUUGUGGAGGGGAAGUGGUUAUACAACAAUGUUUGCUCAAGGUUUGUUUUCUAAUUCUGGGCAUUUAUCAUAUGAUAAUGUGAGCGACUACGAGGGAAUUAUUGAUGCUACCAAAAACAGUGUAAAGGCGAAGCAAUUAGCUGCUCAGCUGAUUCCUCGCUUCUUCAAGUUCUUCCCCGACCUGUCUAAUCGUGCCCUUAAUGCCCAUAUCGACUUAAUCGAGGAAGAAGAUCUCGGGGCUCGGGUACAAGCAAUUCGGGGUCUUCCUCUAUUUUGCAAAGAUACAAAGGAGCACAGCUCUAAAAUUGUGGAUAUUCUAGUGCAACUCCUUACUGCUGAGGAGAUCGUGGAGCGAGAUGCAGUGCAUAAAGCCCUUAUGUCCAUAUUGAGGCAGGAUGUGAAAGAUUCAUUGACGGCCUUGUUCAAGCACAUUGCCACCACUGAGGAACCUAGCACAGAUGAAGUUAUUCGUGAAAAGGUUAUCUGCUUUAUUAGAGAUAAGGUUUUCCCUCUUAAAGCUGAACUCUUGAAGCCUCAGGAGGAAAUGGAAAGGCAUAUAACUGAUUUAAUUAAAAAAAGUUUGGAAGAUGUAACUGGAGCUGAAUUUAGAAUGUUUAUGGACUUCUUAAAAAGUUUAAGCAUAUUCGGAGAGAAAGCUCCUCCUGAACGCAUGAAGGAACUUAUUGAAAUAAUAGAAGGACAGGCUGAUUUAGAUGCACAAUUUAAUUUGCAGGUUACGGAUGCAGACCAUAUUGACAGGUUGAUAUCAUGCCUGUUUAUGGCUAUUCCCUUUUUUGUGAGGGGUGCAUCUGGCAGCAAGUUCCUCAACUACUUGAACAAGCACAUUGUACCUGUUUUUGAUCAGCUUCCAGAGGAACGAAAACUAGAUUUGCUUAAAGCCCUUGCAGAAAUUUCACCCUAUACCACACCACAAGACUCGCGCCAGAUUCUUCCUUCUAUUGCGCAGUUGUUAAAGAAGUACAUGCCUCGGAGGAAAACUGAAGAGAUGAACUUUACUUAUGUUGAGUGCUUGCUCUUUGCGUUUCAUCAUUUAGCUUUCAAGGCUCCUAAUGCCACAAACAGUCUAUGUGGUUACAAGAUAGUUACUGGUCAACCAUCAGAUAGGCUUGGGGAGGACUUCUCAGAGUGUUCUAAGGACUUCACUGAGAGAUUGGGUAUUGUUGAAGACCUUACUAGGGCUACCAUGAAGAAAUUAACCCAGGGAAUGGCCGAGCACAACAAAGCGAUGGCAGCUGCUAAGUCUGAUGAAGCAAAGGAUGAGAUUAAAAUACAAAAACAGAACACUACAACUGGGUUGCGCACCUGCAAUAACAUUUUGGCUAUGACAAAGCCUUUACAUUCAAAAACACCUUCCUUUAUUGGAGAUAAGAGUGUGAACCUUUCUUGGAAAGAAGCUAUAAAACCCUCUGCAGCCUCUAAUGCAACUACAACUGGAGUGAAACGACCUGCUAAUGCGCCCAAUGGAUCUGGUAAUAUCGCAUCAAAGAAGGGCCGUGGAGCUGGUGGCUUCCAAAAUCAGCUUGUUAAUAGAGCUCUGGAAGGUAUAUCUUAUGGUGGGAGGACAGGUGCUAGAGGCAGAGGUAGGGGCAGAGGGUGGGGAGGACGUGGGAGAGGAAGAAGCUACCGGUAGAUUGAAGCUUAUGCCUCCCAGUAUAAAUGACUGAAAAUUUGGCGUCGAAUUGUGCCCGACUGAAUACAAAUAGAAUCAUUGAUGUAUGAAAACUUAUUUCUUCUUGGAUUAGUUUUGUCUUUUUGAGAAAUCUCGGAUUAGUUUUGUUUAAUAGAGGAUACCAAUCAGUUUCUAGAUCCAUUUUGGACUAACAAAAGCCUUUGUACUCUCUUGGAGCUUUUUAAGAUUCAUUUGGUAGGUAUAAACUAUAAAGUUGGUGUUUUUAC